UUUGCCGGCGUGGUGAUGAAUCCUCCAUAGCUCAGUUGUCACAACUGCUAAUAAAUUUAUGAUUUACACUCCAACCAUUCAGUACGAGUUUAGCUACAGGUAUCCAACACUAGGGAAGAAUUCUCCACCUCGAAUUCCGCAAAAGAGAAGGCAACCAGAAUGAGUACAAGGGCAAACAAGCUAUGAAGUCUUCGUAGUGCAAAGAAUAGAAUCAAAUCAGUUAAAUACGCUGCAACCUGGCAACCUUUCAUUCAAGUAAAAGGGCACAUUAUUCUAAUAAGGGGGUGGGAGGUUAAGUAGCGAGCAAAAAUUCAUCAAAAUGAUUUCAGUCAGACAUUCAGGCCAGUUCAGUACCUCAGUUUCUGAUCUUACCCCUCCCCAUGAUUUUGAGUGUUAGCCUGCUUGAUUUAAUCAUGUGAAUCGCACACUCAUCUUGAGUUUCACAAAUAGAGUCUAACAGUGUCAUCCAGACCGAGUUGCCAUGGGUAUAGCGUGUGCCCUCUGAGAACACAUCACAUCUUUAAAUAGUUGUCCCUACAUAUGUGACUAUGUUAAUGUGCUUCCUUCCUCUUCUCAAACCUUAAAAUGGUAAUACUGGGUCAGAGCAUUAGAUUGAAAUCUCUAAGCCUCUAAUCGAACCACUUUAAAAAUAGAUUAAUUUCUGUGUGGGUGUGUGCCUGCUGUGCUGCUCUACAAUCUGAGAUGAGCGGAUUGAAUCCACCUUUUAAACCAGACCUUCAGAGUGUCACGUCUUAAAUAACUGCUGUGCGUAACCACAGAGCUACAGUCCAUAUAUACUGGUUGCCAAGGCAACCAUGUGGAAAGAAAGGAUGCUGACUAUCCAAACGCAUAAACAUUUACUCGUAUGAUAUACCAUCGAGGGGCAACACAAUGUUCCCUUUACCAUCAUGGGCGAUUCCCCUUUUCUAUUCAGAGAGGAAUUUUAGGACACACCCUUGCUGAGCUGCUUGCGUGGGGCCUGAUGGUGAAUUAUUAAUUAAAGGGUCACCCCAAAUGAAUGCUUGAAAUAGCAGUAACACAUUCAGGGAAGCUAAAUGAGCAAGGCGCUUUGCCAGCUCCAACCAUUGCGGGCCUGACCUGUACAGCUAUGUGGCCCAUCUGCACAGGGCCCGGUCUCCAACUGACUGAUUUAUGUUUAAAUACGGAGCCAUGUGUGUUUAGUCAGUACUGAACUGAAAAAUAUAAAGAUGACACUUACACCAUGCACUUCACAAAAAGCUAUUUUAAUUUCAAAGAGAAACAAAUAUUACACUUAUGUUUGCAUUCUCUGAAGUUAAAUUGGAUUUGCUGAGCUGAGAAUUUGCUGUAACCUACAGGAUGGUAGUAUAAUCCCGAGACAAGGUCUUGCCCUAGAUGCCUUCAUGAAAGAAGGUGAUUAAAGUUUUAAAUCUGACAAAAAGUAACUACUUUAGAUUAUAAACAAAUAUGAUAAAGGUUUGAUCAUACUGUAAGUUCUACAGUAUAUAGUUUACUUUCCAAAGCUCAAGUUUCAUUUCAUCACAUAAGACUCUCCUUCAGUUUGACUUCAGCUCUUGUGAUCAUGCUGAUUUGCACACAUCUACAGGUACACAAAUCCCUCAAAUGGACGGUAGCGAAGAGGGAGCCCUGUGUCUUUCUCUCUUUUUCCAUGGCUUCCUGGCGUCAGUCUGUUCGCACUGUGGACCUUUUCUCAUACUGUUCCUGGUACCAGGCCAAGCAUUACACAAGCUCUCUUAGCUACCUGCCAAAAGAGUGGUGAAGUGCAGCAGCAGUGCAGAGAAACUGGCCAGAUUUUAGGCUGCUGAGAAUAGAUCUGCCAAUCAGACUAUUCUCUCAAAGGUCCACAAAGGAAGGGACCCAUUAUGUGCCAGGUAGCUGUAUAAGGGCAUCUAGUUAUUUUUAAGUACUCCUAACAAAAACAGCAUAAAUAAGACAGUACACCCCCCCUUGCAUCACCCCUCAUGUACCAGGGCAGUGGAAAAUCCCUCAGGUACCAGGGCAGUAGAGACUCCCACAGGUACCAAAGCAAUGGAGAAUCCCUCGGUUGCCAGGUCAAUGGAGACUCCCUCAGGUCCCAGGGCAAUAGACACUCCCUCAUGAACCUGGGCAGUGGAGACUUCCUCGGGUACCAGGGCAAUGGAGACUCCCUCAUGUACCAGGGCAGUGGAGACUCCCUCGGGUGCCAGGGCAGUGGAGACUCCCUCAGAUACCAAGGCAGUGGAGACUCCCUCGGGUACCAGGGCAAUGAAGACUCCCUCAUGUACCAGGGCAGUGGAGAUUCCCUCGGGUACCAGGGCAAUGAAGACUCCCUCAUGUACCAGGGCAGUGGAGACUCCUUCGGGUGCCAGGGCACUGGAGACCUCCUCAGGUACCAGGGCAAUGGAGACCCCCUCAGGUACCAGGGCAAUGGAGACUCCCUUGGGUGCUAUGGCUGUGGAGACUCCCUCGGGUACCAGGGCAGUGGGGACUCCCUCGGGUACCAGGGCAAUGGAGACUCCCUCAUGUACCAGGGCAGUGGACACUCCCUCGAGUGCCAGGGCAGUGGAGACCCCCUCGGGUACCAGGGCAGUGGAGACCCCCUCGGGUACCAGGGCAAUGGAGACUCCCUCAGGUACCAGGGCAGUGGAGACUCUCUUGGGUGCCAGGGCACUGGAAACUCCCUCGGGUACCAGGGCAAUAGAGACUCCCUCAUGUACCAGGGCAGUGGAGACUCCCUCAUGUACCAGGGCAGUGGGGACUCCCUCGGGUACCAGGGCAAUGGAGACUCCCUCAUGUACCAGGGCAGUGGACACUCCCUCGAGUGCCAGGGCAGUGGAGACCCCCUCGGGUACCAGGGCAGUGGAGACCCCCUCGGGUACCAGGGCAAUGGAGACUCCCUCGGGUACCAGGGCAGUGGAGACUCUCUUGGGUGCCAGGGCACUGGAGACUCCCUCGGGUACCAGGGCAAUGGAGACUCCCUCAGGUGCCAGGGCAGUGGAGACUCCCUCAGGUGCCAGGGCAGUGGAGACUCCCUCAGGUGCCAGGGCAGUGGAGACUCCCUCAGGUGCCAGGGCAGUGGAGACCCCCUCAGGUACCAGGGCAAUAGAGACUCCCUCAUGUACCACGGAAGUGGAGACUCCCUCAUGUACCAGGGCAGUGGAGACUCCCUCAUGUACCAGGGCAGUGGAGACUCUCUUAGGUGCCAGGUUCUCCCUGGUUUUAUAUCCAGGCCAGCUGUCUGACUUUAAGGGACUGGCAAGGCCAUACCUAAGCAUCGUUGUGACUCACAAGGCCACUGAAUACUGCUGCACACACUGUGCUAGUUGUUUAGAACACAGGUUAAAUCUCUGUGUCCAUCUCGAGAGCCAGAAAACCAUGUACCUUUGUUUAUGCUUUCCAGAUUCCACAAAAUGUGUCAAAUUGCUCAUAUAAUGCAAAGCAUCGCACUGCACACUAUCCACCAAAGAAAUCAUAACAUAUGUCAGUGUAUUAUGUAUGAGAUCACGUGUCAUAACAGAAAAGUGAGUCAAAUAAUAUAUGAUGUUAUAAAAAACUGUUACCACCUUACUCUAAUCUAUUGAUAUGGUGCCUCAAUAAAACCGGUCCAUUGUGUGAAAGAGGCUGUUUUACUGAGCUUGAACAAGGUCCAUUUCAUAAAACAAAACCUCACAGAAGAGCCAAGAUACUUCGAAAGUCUCCAGAGACUGUUAUUGUAAAAAGGUAUUGUGGAAGAGGGGAAAAGGUGCUGGGUCAUGGUUUUACAUAAACCAGAAGAACAGUAGUAGACACUGAUUAUUAAUGUUGUGUGAUUCACAGCAUCUAAGGCAGGGUGUGUUUCUGUAAGACCUGGUUGACCAUCGGAGCUGGCAGAGAAGAGGUGGUAAUGUUUUGAGACCCCCUCCCCCCACCCCAAGGGAAAUCCUGAGGUCUUGCUGUCCAGCUGCCUUGACUCUUUAUACAGAGCACAGUUUAAUCUCUGCCCUCAGCGGGAAGGAAUUUAAUGUAUCAGUUUCUUACUAUGCCAAGCUUUUAAUGUUGCUUGACAUAAUAGUCAGUUACAUAGCUGACCCUUCUACCCAAAGGCACCUAUUUUUAUGGUUUAAUGUUUUGUAUCUUACUCAAGGAUAUGAUACCAGCAUUUGUUGUAUCAGAAAACUUCAACUCACUAGUGCCUGUUUUUAACCACUACAGUCGUCCCUCGCCACUUAACACUUCGACUUUCGCGGCUUCACUCUAUCGUAGUUUUUUGUAUAUUCAUUAAAAAUUUGAUCGUGAAAAUGAUACAUCGCUACGCAUCGAAAGCAUCUUUGCUCUUGUAAGUGUUUGCAAUUUCUGAGAACGCUUAUCUAAGCCCCACGAUGGCUCCUAUAUGGCAUUGUGGUUCCGGAAUGCACUUGAUAGAGCGAUGGAACCCUACAAAAGCCUCCUUAUGCAUAUGAAAAGACAGCGCCAGCAACUGCCUAUCACAAUGUUCUUCAGCCGUGCACCCAGACACUCGCUGCCUACGCCUAGUACUCCUGCGGAACAAGACAACGAUGCACCUGCUGAAGAUAUUGCACCACCUGAAGACUCUCCUGCUGAAGUCGUACCUUCAGAGGAGCAGUAACCUUGCUCUUCUUUACUGUGCCGUACAUCUCUUCAUCUUCAUCGCUUCAUCAUCAAACAAGUUGCACUAUUUUCAUAGGUUAGUGGUUGUGUGUAAGAACUGUCUGUGUGUAAUUAAAUGUAUAAUAAUAAUAAUAUGAUAUUUCUAACGUCUAAUGUGUCAUAUUUUCUCUUAUUUUGUAUAAUA